AUUCUCUUUGCCUGUGUUGCAGGCUGUAUGCAGGGCAUGGUGCCCUUCCUGCCGGAGCUGAUCCCUCACCUGAUCCAAUGCCUCUCUGAUAAGAAGGCCCUGGUGCGCUCCAUCGCGUGCUGGACGCUCAGCCGCUACGCACACUGGGUGGUCAGCCAGCCACCGGACGGUUACCUCAAGCCCCUGAUGACAGAGCUGCUCAAGAGGAUCCUGGAUGGCAACAAGAGAGUGCAGGAGGCAGCGUGCAGUGCCUUUGCAACACUGGAAGAGGAGGCCUGCACAGAGCUGGUUCCCUACCUGAGCUAUAUCCUGGACACGCUGGUGUUUGCCUUUGGAAAGUACCAGCACAAGAACCUGCUCAUCCUGUAUGACGCUAUUGGCACACUGGCAGACUCUGUUGGGCACCACCUGAACCAGCCGGAAUACAUACAGAAGCUGAUGCCCCCUCUGAUUCAGAAAUGGAACGAGCUGAAGGAUGAGGAUAAAGAUCUUUUCCCUCUGUUAGAGUGUCUAUCUUCAGUUGCCACUGCCUUGCAGAGUGGGUUCCUGCCCUACUGUGAGCCUGUGUAUCAGCGCUGUGUCACCCUGGUGCAGAAGACCCUGGCUCAGGCCAUGAUGUAUAACCAGCACCCUGACCAGUAUGAGGCCCCUGACAAGGAUUUCAUGAUUGUGGCCCUUGACCUGCUGAGUGGGCUGGCGGAAGGCUUGGGGAGCCAUGUGGAGCAGCUGGUGGCUCGCAGCAACAUCAUGACCCUGCUCUUCCAGUGCAUGCAGGACACAAUGCCGGAGGUCCGUCAGAGUUCGUUUGCACUGCUGGGCGAUCUUACCAAGGCCUGCUUCCCCCAUGUGAAACCCUGCAUAGCGGAGUUCAUGCCCAUCCUCGGCACCAACCUGAACCCAGAGUUUAUCUCCGUGUGCAACAAUGCCACCUGGGCCAUCGGAGAGAUCUGCAUGCAGAUGGGAGCAGAAAUGCAGCCAUAUGUUCAGCUUGUGUUGAAUAAUCUGGUAGAGAUAAUCAACAGACCAAACACACCCAAAACAUUACUUGAAAACACAGCGAUUACUAUCGGCCGGCUGGGGUACGUUUGUCCGCAGGAGGUGGCACCAAUGCUGCAGCAGUUCAUCAGGCCUUGGUGCACGUCCUUAAGGAAUAUCCGUGACAAUGAAGAAAAGGAUUCAGCGUUCCGAGGAAUCUGUAUGAUGAUUGGAGUGAAUCCUGGAGGUGUGGUGCAGGACUUCAUUUUCUUCUGCGAUGCUGUAGCUUCCUGGGUGACUCCAAAGGAUGACUUGAGGGACAUGUUCUGCAAGAUCCUCCACGGGUUCAAAGACCAGGUGGGCGAGGAGAACUGGCAGCAGUUCUCGGAGCAGUUCCCUCCCCUGCUCAAAGAGAGGCUGUCCGCAUGCUACGGGGUGUAGCCAUGGCAACAGGGGGCACGCGUCAGGCAAGUCACCUCAUUGUGU